CGGAUCGUCAAGCCGUGGACGAGAAAAAGCCGCUCAACCGGAUCUUCAUGCGACCGGGAGUGAUCGAGGAGGAACCCGACUCUCUGGACAGCGUCAUCAGCAACCUUCCGUUGACCGUUGUGCCGAGUCUGGCACGUAUUUCGACGCACGGAAGUGCCUUCAGCCGGCAGGAAAGUGUAAGGAGCCGAGCAUUGCGUCCAGGAACGACAAGAAAGUAUCGACGACGAGCCAUUCUGAAGAACGGCGACUGUAACAUUGUACUCUCCAAGGUGUCCCGGCAGCGGCUGCGAUUCUUGCAGGACAUCUUCACGACGCUCGUCGAUGCCCAGUGGCGCUGGACGUUGCUGGUGUUCGCAUUCAGCUUUAUCGGCUCGUGGCUGUUCUUUGGAGCCAUUUGGUGGCUCAUAGCAUUCACUCAUGGCGAUUUGGAGGAGAUGCAUUUGCCAAAGAAUCAAGAGGAGUCCGGUUGGAAACCGUGUGUGUUCAACAUCGAAUCAUAUACGUCCGCUUUCCUGUUCUCGAUCGAGACACAAACCACCAUCGGAUAUGGUUACCGAACGACUACGGAAGAGUGCCCCGAGGCCAUCUUCAUCAUGUGCUUCCAGUCGAUCUACGGCGUAAUGAUGCAGGCGUUCAUGGUUGGUUUCGUGUUCGCAAAGAUGACACGACCAAAGCACCGUACGCAGACGCUUCUCUUCUCCAAAAACGCGGUCAUCUGUCAGCGGGACGGUGAACUGUGCCUAAUGUUCCGCGUCGGUGACAUGCGCAAGAGUCACAUCAUUGGGGCGAACAUUCGAGCCCAGCUGAUCCGCACGAAACUCUCCCGGGAGGGUGAGGUGAUGGCCCAGUAUCAGCACGAGCUGGAGGUUGGCGCGGACCACUGUGGUUCCGAUCUGUUCUUCAUCUGGCCGCAGAUUGUGAUGCACAAAAUCAACACUGAAUCUCCGUUCUACAAUAUGUGUGCGUCGGAUCUGCUGCAAGAUCGGUUCGAGAUUGUCGUCAUCCUGGAGGGUACGGUUGAGUCGACCGGACAGUCGACACAGGCUCGCUCGAGUUACGUCAACACCGAGAUCCUGUGGGGCCACCGUUUCGAGCCGAUCGUGUUCUACAACAAGGAAAACCAAGUGUACGAAAUCAAUUACAGCAAGUUUAACGAGACGCACUCCGUCGAUACGCCGCUUUGCUCGGCUCGCGAGCUGGCCGAGUUCUACAAGUAUCAGGACGAUUAUCGCAGCCAAGAUCGGUUCGAAACUGGCUCCUCGAGGUCGAUGUUCGAAAAGCGAUGGGACCAACACUACACCAACACCAUCCGAACGCUCAGUUCGAUCAAUCUGGAGGACGAGCGGUCGUCGUUGGCGGUUCAACCGCGCUACCUAACGAUACAGGGCGUCCCGAGACGACCCCGAUCCUACCACCAGUUGGAAAGUAAUUUGCGUAAUCUCUUCAACCAGCCCUCACCGAACACCUCAAACCAGCGCAUCGGGAGUCCAUAGCGUCGACCGUCCGCCAGGGUCGAAGCCUCUAGUCCGGGCACACAUUCGAUUAGUUACCAUCAACCAGGCUUGUUAUUUAGAUAAGUUAGUUUUACUCAACGAUCGUGUUACAUUUUACCCGCGAAUCUUUCCCCCCCGUCUAUAUUGCUGCUAUUUAUGAUAAUAUACUAGAUCGGUACUCUCUUGGUGCUUUCUUCACCAACUCCUGUAUUGAAACCAACUCCCAAGGAGAGUACGGACCACUAAUAAAAACAUUC